GUCUUUGAGGGUGUCUACAACAAUUCCCGAAUGCUGCACUUCCUGACAGCUGUUGUGGGCUCUACAUGUGAUGUGAAGGUGAAAAAUGGAAGCACCUAUGAAGGGAUUUUUAAAACGUUGAGCUCCAAGUUUGAGCUGGCUGUGGAUGCCGUGCACAAGAAGGUGCCUGAUCAGCCAAUAGGGCCCAAGCGGGAGGAUAUUGUGGACACGAUGGUCUUCAAGCCUGCCGACGUUAUGCUUGUGCACUUCCGCAACGUAGAUUUUAACUACGCCACCAAAGAUAAGUUCACGGAUUCUGCCAUCGCCAUGAAUUCAAAGGUGAAUGGAGAGCACAAGGAGAAGGUUCUACAGCGCUGGGAAGGGGGAGACAGCAACAGUGAUGAUUAUGACUUGGAAUCUGACAUGUCUAAUGGCUGGGACCCAAAUGAGAUGUUCAAGUUCAACGAGGAAAAUUAUGGUGUGAAGACCACCUAUGACAGUAGCCUCUCCUCUUACAC